CCACAAUGUAAACCACGGGUGCUCUGGUCUGCCUUGGACUUGGGAAAACCCGAUAUAACAUUUAGUUAACGGAAUAAUGAAAGAAAAUUACGUAGGUUCCACCAGCCGUCUCUUCUUGCUGCUACGGGGCGUUGCUGGUAGUGCGUCAUCUUUGAUUGUUGCUAGGGCCGAUGCUGUCGCUAGAGGUUUCUUCGUUGUCUUCGAAGAACCUGCCGUAUGGCGGCCACCCAUUGUCAUCGCCUUCGACGAUAAUGCGGCCGGGUUGUGGUCUCCGUCUAUUGUAAGGGUCUGCCCCCUAGGUACCUUAUAGAGUUAGGCUACCGAUAUCACCUUGUGUGUGGAGCUACCAAUUUGUGAGGGUUUGCAGUAGAAUAGAAGUUGUAUUUCGUAAGUUAAAAUGAGAGAACUCCGUUCUCUCACUAAACUAAUG